AUGCAGAAUGUGUACUCCAGACUUGAACUGAGUUUUGAUCUUUUGGAACGUGACGAAGCCAAGUCAUGUUUUCUGCUUUGUUGCUUGUUCCCUGAAGAUUAUAAUGUUCCACUUGAAGAUUUGGUUAGUUAUGGGAUGGGUCUGGAGUUGUUUGGAGACGUGCAGAAUGUGCAUCAAGCAAGAGACAGAGUAUAUACGCUUAUUGAUGAACUGAAGGGUUCAUUUUUGUUGCUUGAAGGCGAUUCAGAGGAAUAUGAGUGUGUCAAAAUGCAUGAUAUGGUACGUGAUGUCGCCAUAUCAAUUGCCAGAGAUAAGUAUGCAUAUUUCGUAAGCUGCUAUUCUGAAAUGAAUAACUGGUGGCCUUCAAAUACUAAUAGGCAUAGAGAUUGCACUGCCAUUUCACUUCUUCGAAGAAAAAUUGACGAGCACCCUGUUGAUUUGGAAUGUCCAAAGCUACAACUUUUACUGCUCGGGUAUGGCGAUGAUUCACAACCUCUGCCUAACAAUUUUUUUGGAGGUAUGAAAGAACUCAGAGUUUUAUCUUUGGAAAUCCCAUUACUUCCACAGCCACUUGAUGUCUUGAAGAAACUUCGAACCUUGCAUCUUUGUGGUCUGGAGUCAGGAGAGAUAUCUUCAAUUUGA